AACUUUGCCGGCUAGAUUUGCACUUUGUAAAGUCCGGCACUAAACAGCUUUAAUGCCGGCUUGCCAACAAUUAUUAUUAUCAUUAUCCAUGGAAAGUUUGCCGUGAAGUACACUUUCUAUCAGUUUUCUCCUCCGGCUUUGACUUAAUGUGUCUGGGUCUAUAAAUCGAUUUUAGUUGAUAGGAGGGAGCAAAGCUUAGGGACAGAGAUAAGGAUGGCGAUAAGGGGAGGCUUCCUGUGCUCCUUGGCAUGCCUCUUGUCCUCCAUUGCUGUCACUGCAGCUCUGGGAAGGCAGGGUGAUGCCCUCGACAAGCUCCGAAAGGGAGCUACUGUUACUUCGUCUUCCGACUUUGACACGUUCGCCUUCUCCGAUCUUACGUCGAGAUUGUACGCCGAUUCCGGGUCGAAGGAGAACGACCGGAUCGUCGAGCUGCCCGGCCAGCCUGCAGGAGUAGAUUUCGUUCAGUACGGGGGUUAUGUCACCGUCGACGAUCGAAACGGACGAGCUCUGUUUUACUACUUUGCGGAGGCAGCGGGCAAACAGAGCAGCUCCAAGCCUCUGCUUCUCUGGCUUAAUGGAGGUCCCGGGUGUUCGUCCUUCGGGAUCGGGGCGAUGCAGGAGUUAGGCCCCUUCCGCGUCAUGAGCGAUGGCAGAACUCUCUACAGGAAUCCUUAUGCUUGGAAUUCAGUGGCUAAUGUGUUGUUCCUGGAGAGCCCGGCGGGCGUCGGCUUCUCCUACUCGAACACCACCUCGGACUACAGCAAGAGCGGCGACAAGAAGACAGCAGAAGACGCGUUCGUCUUCCUGGUGAACUGGAUGGAGAGGUUCCCGGAGUACAAAGGCCGGGACUUUUACAUCGCAGGGGAGAGCUACGCCGGCCACUACGUGCCGCAGCUCGCCUACACCAUUCUCCAGAACAAGAACCAGUCCGCCGCCGGAGCUGCCAUCAACCUCAAAGGGAUCGCGAUCGGCAACGCGGUGAUCAACGACGAGACCGACAGCAGAGGGAUCUACGACUUCUUCUGGACGCACGCGCUGAUCUCAGACGCCACCGUGGAGGCAAUCCACAAGUACUGCAACUUCUCCCCCAACGCGGUGAAGGAACCCCAGCAGUGCCUUGACGCUGCGAGUGAGGCCGACAAGGUGUUCGAGGAGCUGGACAUCUACAACAUAUACGCUCCCCUGUGCUUCUCAUCCAAUUUGACUUCCCCUCCAAAGAAGCCUUCGAUCGAGGAUUUCGAUCCCUGUACGUCUAUCUACGUCAACGCAUACCUGAAUGAUCCGGAAGUACAGAAAGCUCUCCAUGCUAACAUCACAAGGCUCAACUACUCCUGGUCUUCCUGCAGCCGUGUAAUAUCGAAUUGGGUGGACAGUCCUUCUACAAUCCUACCAAUAAUUCAGCAAAUUCUAGCUCAUGGUGUACAGAUUUUGGUGUACAGUGGUGAUACUGAUGGUAGAGUUCCUGUUACUUCCACAAGAUACUCUCUCAAUGUACUAAAUCUUCCAAUCAAGUCCCCAUGGAGAUCUUGGACAAUCAACUCUGAGGUUGGUGGGUACACAGUGGUGUAUGAUAGGAAUUUGACAUUUGCCACAGUAAGAGGAGCAGGGCAUGAGGUUCCAAGUUAUCAGCCAGCUCGAGCACUGGUGCUCAUCGACAGUUUUCUUCAUGGACUGCAGCUUCCAGCCUGAAGGACACAAGAACUUGACACUAUGCAAUCUAGGAAUAAAAUGAUUGUGAGGACAAGGAUCCUUGCACUACUACUAAGUAGUUGAAUUCCACCAAUAUAGAAACACUCGAUAAACAUGCAGGAUUUAUCAUUGCAUAAUCUUUCUCCUACACUCUCUCCUCUCUCAGUGAUGUGUUUGAUUGCAAGUUUACUAUCAAUAAUUCAUAGUCCUGCAGUAGCAAAAUGUUUACUCUGUUAGUGAACACCAAUGGGAUGACACUUCCAACUAUUAUAUAUUGGCAUUAUGAGUACAAUCCUAUACCAUUACAGACAUUUAAUCUGAA